AUGGCAACCAUACAGAUUCAGAGAACGCGAAAUGCACCGACCAUCACCAAGACAGCCAUUACUCAGAAGCAGAGCCUCGAGAUCGUGCAGACCAUGCUGCAUGGCUCGCUCAGCACACUAGCAUAUCUUCGUGCUCUGUUCGCCGAGAAUACAUUCGACACACAAGUCUACGACAUGGGGCAAGACGUAUACUCUUACAAGGAUUACGCUGCGGGCAAACUUACCAGGAAAGCGAGCCAGGCGAAUCCUCCGCAUACAGUCAUGCGCAUCCUUCGCCGCGGUCGUAGUAGACGCGCUGACAAGUUUCUGGACUGGUUGGCAAGUAUUCCCGAAAGGGGUGCAUUUGUCGCGAUCAAGGCUGGCCAUUUGCAUGCUCUGCAAGUCUAUGUCCACGGCGACCCUGACGACCGCUCCAAAGUCCUCGAGACGUACACCUUCACAUUCAAGUACAGUGUCACAGACGCUGAUCAUGUCGAUGUAACGGGCGUCGAGCUGGACACACCUGGUAGUCUUAUCAGCCUUCAAGCGACUAACACUGCGUUUCAGUCUAUGGUGCGGCGACUGAUGACGAUGUGUCCAACGCUGCCAGAGCUGCCUGGUCUGUCUUGCUAUUCCUUUGCAUAUGACCACGACUGA